AUGUCACAGGCUUCCACGUUUGGACCCAAGUCCUCGUCCUUAUCAACAUCGUCCACAUCAACUAUAACUACUCCAGUACGGCACAACGCCGCAGCAGCUAGAUCAAAUUAUAGACCGCCUUCCAGACCUACCUACCGUGCCUCGUCGCCAGUGCAGCAGCCACAUUCGAGUAACCACCACCACUACCAGCACCAACCACCACAACAGCAAGGAAACGAUCGAAAUAGAUCGAGACCAGGGUCCAGUUUUGGCAUGAGCAGACCUACAACCCCCAUCAACAGUUAUAGCAAACAGGAACCUUACACGGGAAGCAUAUCCGUGUCCAUUAGGCCCAAUCCCCACUCAGCAAACGCGGCAACUUCCCAGAAUUGGAUUAUCAACCAGUCGAGUAAUACCAUCACCAAUGGCUUAGAUGGCACCACUUUUGCGUUUGACCACGUCUUUCCGGCGCAGGACUUGGCAGUGAAUAACAAUCAUCAAGUCUAUUUGAAAACUUGCAAACCUAUUGUCGAGCGGUUUUUGGACGAGGGGUACAACGGCACUGUCUUUGCUUAUGGAAUGACGGGAUCGGGCAAGACCUAUAGUAUGAAAGGUGAUGGAAACGGCAAUGGUGGCGGCACAAUUGGAUUUGUUGAGCUAGCUAUAGAAGAUAUAUUUGACAAGAUUGAAAACAACACCGAGGGAGUAAAAUACCAAGUGCUGAUGUCAUACCUCGAAAUUUACAACGAGAGGAUUAUUGAUUUGUUGAGCACACCGGCAGUGGGCAAUGGCAGCUCGACGACUCGGUCUGAUUUGAAAAUCAGAGACGAUCACGAAUAUGGAGUCAAAGUUGUUGGCCUUGGCUCCCCUUCAAUCACAUCCAAAGAGCAGAUGUUGUCACUCAUCAAAAAGGGAGACUUGAAUCGAAAGACAAGUGCAACUGACUUUAACGCAAGAUCGUCUCGCUCUCAUUCAAUCUUGCAAAUCAGGUUGAAUAAAGUCAACCCGUUGACUAACUUGGAAGCCUCGGCCACAUUAUCGCUCUGUGACUUGGCUGGAUCCGAGAGAGCUUCAACAAGCUUGGAAAGAAGAAAAGAAGGUUCAUACAUCAACAAGUCACUACUCGCCUUGAGUAACGUCAUCAACAAAUUAUCCGCUUCAACAAACACCAGCGGAUACUCCAUGGAUACCCAUAUAAGCUACCGAGAUUCCAAAUUGACGAGGUUGCUCCAACCGGCGUUGAGUGGCCGGAGUUUGGUGCUGAUUCUAUGCACCAUCCACAUGGGAGGCGGCACUAGCGGCACCAACACCGCGAGCUCAUUGAACCAAUCCGUCUCGGAGACUUACAAAACGCUCCGAUUUGCUGCUCGAGCCAAGGACAUUGUCAUCAGCGUUGAGAAAAAUGGUUUCAAAAUGGCGGGCGGCGAUAACGAAGCGCACGUGCAAAGAGAACUUGCUCAAUUGAAUUACACGAUUGAACAACAACGACAGGAAAUUAUGCUUUUGAGGGCAGCGCAGUCGCCACUGCUAGAUUCGCCGUUUUAUGCCUCGGACUCGCCUCGACUGCCUUCGAUAACCGAGCAACAAUUGCGAGAAGAGAAUCGAGUCCUCAUGGACAAACUAGACCAUCUCACGAGACUAACCGACUUGCAGCGCACGGAGACCAUCAUCAUCAAGGACAAUGUGAUGAAUGACAUUCUCGGUUCCAACGCAGCCGAGUCACAAAUGUUCAUGGCCAAUAUAGAGGAGUUUUACAAAAGAUGGCAUCAUGAAAUGGAGGAAAGCAAACUCUACGUGGCCCAUCUUGAAAACCAGCUCAAGAAUGGCCACUUGGCCCAGCUCCAGCAAUCACAAGCUUGGCAGGCGAAAAUCCAGGGAGAUGAAGAUCUAUUGGAUGUGCUCAAGGAGCAAGAAGGCGAAAUAAUGCAGCUAAAGGAAGCGAUUAAGGACAAAGACCACAUCAUUCGCAGCUUUACCAAAUCUUCAAGGAUGAGGAAAUUGGCUGAUUCUAACUCGGCCAUGAAUACAAUAAGGAGCAGCAUCACCACGCCCGAUUAUGAACCCAAGAGACCCGCUCCAAGCCGAGGAAGCUCGAGCGAACUUAUUGGCAACCAUGGUGCCGGUAAAGAGAAUGAGCCGGAGAUGAUGAUGAUUGACUUUAAAUUGAGUCCCAAGAAACCCCCAAUCUCAAGUUUUGAUGUAAUGCAUUGA